GAUAAUUUUGGAGACCGUCACAUUGUGGUUGCUUGAUUUCAUUCCCUCAGAAUGAAUGUACGGUUAAUGGCAGGUUGCGCUCAAGAUGUGUAUACCUCUCAAAUUAUGAUUUCUGGAGGUUGUCUCCCUGAGAUAUGGUUUUGGCUGAAUGAGAAAACAUGAAGAGAGCUACAUCACCACUUGUGGGAGACGAGAAGAAGCUGAAGAUAGAGGAAUAUCAAGUUGUGACUGAAGGGGUUGAACUGGAGCAAGUAGAGGAACCAUGUGUUACUGAGGAGACAUGCAUUACAGAUGGACUUGUCGUUAACCUGGGAGAAGAUGGCAAUGUCACCACAGAAGAAGUAAAUACACUGACAGAGGAUGGUGAGGUUAUAUCUGAACAGGGGGCUCCACCCCAGUACCAGAACCUUAUCAUCCAGCACAUGGAUAUAGCUGAACCACUCUCCACACUGAAGAGGCUGCUUGAGAUAAGGCUGCAGUGUUCAUUAGCUGGACAUGACUUCUAUUUACAAGAUGACCUUCUGCUGGACUCAAACAAGAGUUUGGUUGACCAGUGUGUGCAGGGGGAAGGAAUGGUCCAGAUCAAUGUAGAAGUGAAAUCACAACCAGGUGUAAAAUCAAAGAUAAACAUCGUGGACAUCUUAAAACCUGCAGAGGAAGUAGAAACUGUGGCAGAACAGGAAGAGACUGUACAAGCUGAGGAAGCUAUAGAGGCAGGAGCUGUUCAGCCACAGGGUAAGGCUCAAUAUGCUGAAGAGGCUGAACAUGUUACUCGCUGGAUCGUUGAUCAGAACUUCAGAAAGGAACAAGAGAGACUGAAAAUUCCUUUUGACCCCAACUUGUGGAAUGAGGCACACGUGCGUCACUGGAUCCAGUGGGCAGUCAAGGAGUUCAAACUUGAGGGUGUCAAUCUUAGUGAUUUCCUGUUCAAUGGCAACAGGCUGUGUGAACUCACACACCCAGAGUUUGUUAACUUAAUUCCCAAAGAUCCUGGCGAUAUCUUCUGGACUCACCUGGAGCUCCUUCGUAAAUGUAAAUUUGUUGCUGUGGUUCAGCAGCAAACACCUCAGGCCAUCACCCACAUCACAGUGUCAACCACAGGGAAAGGUCGCAAUUACAAGUGUGGCUCCAAGUCCAGGUCUCCUCGUCUAUCAGGAGAGGAGAGAAUAACAGGACCAGGGAACCGGACAGGUAACAAUGGUCAGAUACAGUUAUGGCAGUUUUUGCUGGAGCUGCUGACAGACAAAGACUGUCGGGAGGUGAUCACAUGGGUAGGGGAUGAUGGUGAGUUCAGACUGAACAACCCUGAGGUCGUGGCACAGAUGUGGGGAGGCAGGAAAAACAAGCCCACAAUGAACUAUGAAAAACUCAGCAGAGCUUUGCGGUAUUACUACGAUGGAGACAUGAUUGCAAAGGUACAUGGGAAGAGGUUUGUGUACAAGUUUGUGUGUGACCUGAAAAUGCUACUGGGGUAUUCAGCUGGAGAACUGAACCACUUGGUGACGGAGUGUGCUGAGAAAAAACUCAAACUUGUGCGGCAGUCUCUUCAGCCGGGCAUAGUCAGACGAGAUUUCAUGCAAUGACGCUGAACGCUUCACUCAUCAUUGUAAAUAAUUCUCAUCUUCCAUCGUGCCUUUGGAUCCAUCCAUACACAUAUUUGUCUAACCCACAGCGGUGACGUGUCAUGGGUCAUGUGGGCCAACAUUUGUAAGACUAGAAAUGAAAUCAGACAUCUGUGUUUGAUCAUUUGACCAAUACAGCCAGGCAAACACUGCAGGAAUUCUUGGACCAGUCCCAAGUAUACUACAUGGGUUGUGGCUUCUUUAAGCCUCGGGGUAAAAUUUGUUUGAACAGUGGAUCUGGCAGAGAACACAACAAGGCAUGCUCACUUACUAGUGUCUUUGGGCACAGUGGCAGGCCUAAUCUGUAAACAUUUUUAUGUAUUCAACUAAGAUAUCUGAAUGUGGACAGGAUGAACUGUCAAAUAUCAUAUUAGUAUGUUUUGACUUAUUUGAAGGACAAGAUAGCACCGGGUUAAAACAUGUUUCAGCCCAAAGCAGGAUACUCAAGCUUUCUAAAAAGUAUCAUACUUCCUUAUUUUAAUGAGAUUUCACCAAAUAACAUGUAGAACAUAAUGACAAUACUGCCCAAAUGCCUGGCGUGAGUCGAGGCAGCCAUGUUGAGAAUUUUAUCCAAUCAAACAUGUUGGUAUCAGCUUGUGAGGCCUAAGCUGUGACAGAACCUUUACUCCUUCACUCCAUGAAAUGUCUGUGCGAGACAUUUUCAGAUCGUUUACAGUGAUUUAGUUACAUGUAGCUGAAGGGUCAUUUCACAAAGUGUUGUGGGCAGGUUUGUAUCAUUUACGGACCACAACAGAAGUAAAAUCAGUUGAUUUACACACUUUGUUUAAAAUAUUCAACGAUGGUAUCACAAAUUAUGCGAGACAGUAGCAUACCGUCUCAGCCCAAAUCACAUUCAUCUCCCCAAAUGCAUUUUUUGUCGUUCAUUUUAGCAUUUAGUCAGCAGUUUCUAAAUAACAGAUAUCAGAGUCAGUGCAUAAUUUAUUAGGGAUUUCGAGGGUUUAUCGGAAUGAGAAGAGGCAUCUCACCGGACAACGCUUAAAGUGAAUUGAACCUUAUGAUAUAAUUUUUUUUUCUGAAUAUAUUACAAGCUAAGAAUUAAAAUUUUGCUCCUUCGUGUUUCUCGCAUACAAGGGAUGCUUUUUUCUGUUCUCUUUUAUAAAAUAAAUGAAAACUAUUGAAACGUUGUGUUCAAGGCGAGAUGCUUUCUCUGGUGUUCGUGAUAACUAGGUCAGCACUGCUUUCUUCUUAGAACCCAAAAAUUGAAGCAUAAAAUCCAGCGACAGUCGAACGCCUAGAUCAGCCUUAGUGGUACUUAGAUUUAUUUCCUUUUGUUUUAGAAUUGAGUAUGAAUCUAGCUGUACAAAUAUCCUACCCAAAUGUUGUAAACAUUUCAUAGGGGUCAAAAUCACCAGCACAACCCCUCCGGAGGCUACGACCUGUACCAACCAUACCCUGGCUGUGCAUCGGCAGCUAGGCAAUUUAAACUGUUGUUGCCUGUUGUAUUAGUGAAUAAUGAUUAUGGUGGAACGGGCAGUUGUAAAAUACGGAAUAAAACAGUGUUUGUUUAGGACAAGUGAAUGAUAGAAGAAGCGGGUAGCCACUGCUUAUUUUUUUAUCCGGUAGGAUUGUUUGCAAAUUAGAUAUCUCGGUGGAAAGUACUUUUGUAUUUACAAAUUGUUCAAUUUCUUAUUUGCAAAGAAAGAUUAAUUACUGGACUGGUGAAUUACUAGCUUCUCUUUGUCAGAUUUCAUGCCCUUUUCUUGUCAGACAUCAACAAAGUAUGCAUUAAUUACUGAUGAUGGGGUGAAAAUUUGGAUUUUUUUGUUGGACUGUUUACCCCAAGACAAGGAAAAAAACGGUAAAAAUGUUCAUCUAAAUAAAUAUUAGUAACCACAAGUAAUUACAAGAUGUGAUUCGUGCCCUUUUUAAAUAUGCACCUAACAAUGAAGAACAAGAAUACCAUCCCCACCUAGAAGAAUGCUUUUCUUAUUAUUUCUCAGAACAGCUUGUCGCAACGAAUAAGAUGACCUGCAAAUGUUAACUAUCUGCCGCCUUCAUUUAGUAUCAAAAAUCCACGUAAAGAAUGAUGGAGGAAGAAUUAAAGUGGUCUUGGCAGCAAUCCAUUUGUCAGCCAACCUGAAAUGUGCGCUCCAGACCAUGAAGAAAUUUAGCCAGAUCCAGGUACAUUGUGGCAUGAACAGUUAGCCACAAUUUUCUGCUUCUUUGUCUAUGAAUACAAUUCAUAUCUGUCAACAAGCCUGUGCCUAAUAUUCUAAUAUUUAUUUAGUCUUGAAAUAUUUAGACUUGUAUUUUGACAUUUAAAUAACUUUUGUUUUCUGUAUAGAAGAAUAUCCUCCAAAACGAAAGAUUGUGGUUACUGAUUCAGCAACUAAUGACCAAAAUGUAUUGCUGUAGAUUUUAUUUUGAGGAUAAAGAUACAUGUAGGCAACUACUGGGGAAAAAUAUGUUUUGUGAAGCUUUGGAAGCUGAUAUUAGUGGUAUUAUAUUUAAGGCUUCCAGAAAAGUUACCAGUGCUUGUGUCUGACAUAACCUGAUGACAGCCAUUUUUGUUGUUGCACUUCUUGCAGGUUCAGGUUCUUUGGUACUUAAAUGAUAUUGCCAGAGAUGGAGAUUUUUUGAAAUGUUCAAGUAAGCAAUCUCACUUAUGUAUGUUUAGGAUAGUAAUAAAGGUAUAUGUCUGCUGUAUGCAUCUUUUUGCAUGUUGUCUUGUCCCAUUCAGAUUACUGUUCUACUGCUUAUCGGAUGGGGUGCACUCUGUGGAUAUGAGUUAUGACAUUAAUGCUUAUGUAAGUAUACAUGAGAAAGUAAUAACUUGGUGUACGUUUAUUUAUUCUGUAAAACGUGAAGGGGCUGUACUAUAUGAUGCAUUUGAGAACACCAAAACCUAAAUCACUGGUUGAAUUUAUGGCCAAAUAUUCACUACCUGUAAAUCAAUGUGUUUCUGGAAGGCAGCUAAAAUCAUCCUUUCACUUGAAACUCAAUCACUGGUUCAUAUGAUUUGUUGUCUUACGUUGUCCAUGGCUAAAGCCAUUAAUUAUAAUUAAUGUCAUCUGUAUAUUACUUGUUUAUUAUUAUGAUUUAUACCAUUGUUAAUUGAAGGAGUAUGGAGACGGUGUUAUGUAAGAACAAUGUCCAUCAAAAUUACUCAUACACCUCUUUGUUUAUUAUUUAGUUGUAAUAAAACUAUU